CUGGAAGCUCUGCUUUAGUUGCUUUCACUUUCCUUUAUAACUGCGGAGACUUCAGGAGGUUGCUGAUUGCUCUACUCUGUUCUCUCUGAGAAGAAUCUUAUCAUCCCUCUAAAGGCUUCCUGCAGUGGCCACAGCCAGCCUGAGAUCUCUGCUGUCAGACACAGUCUGUCCUUCAGCAGUGCUGCUCCUAGAAACGUGCAGUCACCAUGGAGCAUCACUGUGGCCUGAUCACGAGCAACAAAGAGACAGUACCACUGAAGAGCAUCUCAGUAACAUUGUCCAUCAAUGACUUUGUGGCUGCUGUGGAUGCAACCUUAAAUUAUGAGAAUGAAGAGAAAGUCCCAUUAGAGGCAACCUUUGUGUUUCCUAUGGAUGAAGACUCUGCUGUCUACAGCUUUGAAGCCUUGGUGGAUGGGAAGAAAAUUGUGGCAGAGUUGCGGGAUAAGAUGAAGGCUCAUAGCGAGUACGAGGAUGCCCUCUCCCAAGGCCACCAAGCAUACUUAUUAGAAGAGGAUGACUAUUCCAGGGAUGUCUUUUCUUGCAAUGUGGGGAACUUGCAGCCUGGAGCUAAGGUUGCAGUUACCCUAAGGUAUGUGCAGGAACUGCCCUUGGAAACAGAUGGGGCCUUGCGCUACCUGCUCCCAGCAAUCUUGAAUCCAAGAUAUCAGCUCUCUGAACAGUCAGCGAGCAGUUGCUUGAACAUACAGAAACCCAUAGUCCCUUUGGAGGACCUGCCUUACACACUCAACAUGACUGCCACCAUCACUUCCCAGCAUGGUAUUGAAAGGGUCCAGUCCAACUGCUCCUUGAGCCCUAUUCAGUACCUUACAGAUGACAAGACUUCUGCUCAGGUUUCCUUGACUGAAGGGCACAAGUUUGACCGAGAUGUGGAACUCCUCAUUUACUACAGUGAAGUGCAUAGCCCCACUGUAGCUGUGGAGAUGGGAAUGCUGGACAUGAAGCCAGACAGUUUGAUGGGAGCUCCUUCUGCAAUGGUGAGCUUCUACCCAGAUAUCCCAGAAGUGGAAACCUCAAAGGUCUGUGGAGAAUUUGUGUUUCUCAUGGACCGCUCAGGAAGUAUGAAAUCCCCCAUGAGCACAGAGAAGAAUUCUCAGCUACGCAUAGAGGCUGCCAAGGAAACUCUGUUGCUGUUGCUGAAGAGUUUGCCUAUGGGUUGUUAUUUUAAUAUCUAUGGAUUUGGAUCUUCCUAUGAAAAAUUCUUUCCGGAGAGUGUGAAGUACACUCAGGAUACAAUGGAGGACGCAGUGAAAAGAGUGAAGGCUUUAGAUGCUGAUUUAGGGGGCACUGAAAUCUUGACACCCCUCUGCAACAUUUACAAGGCAUCCUCCAUUCCUGGACAUCCCCUACAGCUCUUUGUCUUCACAGACGGAGAAGUGAGUGACACAUACAGUGUCAUUAGAGAAGUUAAGUUAAACAGCAAGAAACACAGAUGUUUCUCAUUUGGUAUUGGACAAGGAGCCUCCACCAGUUUAAUCAAAAACAUCGCCCGUGUAUCAGGGGGCACUGCAGAGUUUAUCACAGGCAAAGACAGGAUGCAGACCAAGGCUCUUGGGUCUCUAAAGACUGCACUACAGUGUGCAGUGGAUAACGUCUCUCUGAGUUGGGAUUUGCCUCCUGGUCUGUCUGUUAAAAUGCUUUCUCCAGAGCAGCCUGCCAUCUUUAGGGGUCAGAGGUUAAUCAUCUAUGCACAACUGACUGGGACUAUGCCUCAAGUGGAGAGCACAGGAGCAGUGUGCCUCAAGCACAUCCUCCAGGGCGAGAGUCUGGAAAACAGGGUGACAUUUUCCCUACAACCCAAGGCAAAUGCCAAUUUCACCAUUCAUCGGUUGGCUGCAAAGUCCUUGAUUCAGAUCAAGGAUUUGGGAGCCCAUGAGGCCUCAAAAGAAGAAAAAGAGGAUGUGAUGAACAUCAGCCUUCAGUCUGGAGUCCUCAGCUCCUUCACAGCCUUCAUUGCUAUAAACAAGGAGCUUAACAAACCAGUGCAGGGGCCCCUGGCCCACAGAGUGGUUCCUAGGCCAGUGAUGGAUAGAACUUGUUUUAAGGGGUUCCGCAAAUGUCGCUCUGGUGCCAGCUACAUGUCAGGAAUGGCAUUAUGUGCAGCACCAAGUCUUGCUUAUGCAGCCCAAAGUGCUGAUUUUAUCCUAGGAGAUGGUUGUUCUCUCAUGACAAAUGAAGUGCCCACUAAACUGAAGAAAAAGAAAGAUUCUCCUACCAAGAAAAGCAACUUGGAAAAGGGACAAAAAGCAUUUGGAGAGAAUGUUGUGGUGCAGCUGAUUUCGCUCCAAAAGGCAAAUGGCUCCUGGAAGCUGGAUGAAGAUCUGACCAAGAUCCUGGGCACUAAGUUGAAAGACAUCAAGGCUGCAAACCCUGCCAAGGAUGGAGACCCUGCAGCCUGGGCCACAGUGCUGGCUGUGGUCUGGUUGCAUGCCAAUGGCAAGGACUUAAAGUGUGAGUGGGAGCUUCUGGAAAGGAAGGCUGUGGCCUGGCUUCAUGAUCAUGCAGACUCCUCUAUGCCCAUGCUUGUGCAAGCUGCCAACAGUCUCCUGAAAUUGUCUGUGAGUCCUGCUGUCUUUGGCAUUUAAGGAUGUUACUCAUGAAGAGGCGAGCCAUUCCUGGCAACCACUGAGUCCCUCACAUCUCCUUGGCUGAGAUAGCUUUUGGGUUCUAUCCUUACCUUUUCUUUCUUGUCAUAAUGACAUACCCACAGCCUUGCUUAUUAUUCCUGGUUCUCAUUGCACCUGAUUUUCUAUUACUAUCUUUUUUUUUUCUUUUUGUGAAAAGUUAGCACAGUCUCCCAACAUAUUUUCCUCAUUGAAACUUUUAUUUUAUUCAUAUGCAUAAUGAUGCAUGAAGUUUCCAGACCAAUUACAAUAUAAUUACAAUAUAAUGAUUAGUGUGGGAUCUAAGGUAAGCAUGCAAGGUUGACCAUGGGCAAUGCUUAAAUUAAUAACCUGAAUUAUUGUUGAUCAUCCUCUAGGCAGAGCCAUGUAGUGUGGUCAAAAAAUGGCUUUAAACAUAUGGAAUAGUGCCAUGCCCAUUCAUCUACUCCAGUAACGUCUGUAGUA